UUACAGGAAGUAACUGUCAAGCUGGCCGUGCUCACUGACCGUGCUGCAUCAGUUGAUAAUCAGAGCAAAGUAGCUUGAUAGGGAAAAUUACGGUACACUUUUCAACAAACUCACAUAAAACAAUUAUGGAAAGGGGACCCGCGCCGUUACGGUGCUUCGGCGAAUGUCACGCCGCGGAGAAGUUCACGGAUGACGGAGUGGAGACGGUGACUUCGGUAGAACAGAGAAAAGUCGAACGCAGUAUUCAAGAAGUAGUCAGUGUUUACAAGCAGAUACACAGCUUACCGCAGCCCACUCUAUUGAGGGACCAGCACUACCAGUACCUGAAGAAAGGAUUACGUCAUCUCUCUGAUGCUUAUGAGUGUCUGGACGCCAGCAGGCCGUGGCUGUGCUACUGGAUUCUACACAGUCUGGAGCUGCUGGAGGAGCCUGUGCCCACCGCCAUCGCCUCAGAUGUGUGUAAAUUCCUGGCGCGGUGUCAGAGCCCUAUGGGGGGGUUUUCUGGAGGUCCAGGUCAAGCCGCCCACCUGGCUCCCACGUACGCUGCUGUCAACGCACUCUGUAUCAUCGGCACCCAGGAGGCAUACAACGUCAUAGACAGGGAGAAGCUGCUUUCCUUCCUGUUCUCUGUGAAGCAGCCAGAUGGUUCCUUUGUGAUGCAUGUAGGAGGAGAAGUGGAUGUCAGGAGUGCGUACUGUGCUGCAUCAGUGGCGUCUCUCACCAACAUCAUGACACCCACACUGUUCCAGGACACUCCCACAUGGAUCGUCAGCUGUCAGAACUGGGAGGGGGGACUAGGGGGGGUCCCGGGGCUGGAGGCCCAUGGAGGGUACACCUUCUGUGGGACGGCUGCCAUGGUCAUCCUGGGGAAGGACCACAUGCUGGAUCUCAAGUCUCUGCUGCGGUGGGUGGCCAGCAGACAGAUGAGGUUCGAGGGAGGAUUCCAGGGUCGCUGUAACAAACUGGUGGACGGCUGCUACUCCUUCUGGCAGGCUGGGCUGCUUCCUCUGCUACACAGAGCCUUCUUCAAAGGAGGAGAGACGACAUUGAGCCUGCAGAAGUGGAUGUUUGAGCAGCAGGCGUUGCAGGAGUACAUCCUCCUCUGCUGCCAGAACCCUGCUGGUGGACUGCUGGACAAGCCUGGCAAAUCCAGAGACUUCUACCACACCUGUUACUGUCUGAGUGGUCUGUCCGUAGCGCAGCACUUUGGCAACAUGGACCUGCACCACGAGCUGAUCGUCGGCCAGGAGGAGAACAGACUGGCCCCCAGCCACCCCGUCUACAACAUCUGUCCAGAGAAGGUAGCCCAGGCCAUCCGACACUUCCACCAGCUGCCCGUCCCCGUGCCUGCACAGAAAGAGGGGUCCUCGGGCCUGCAACGCUAACGCUGACCACUCCUAGUGCUCACAGCGUAGGCAUGCCUGUAAGCGUAUUUGAGGGGGUCAAUUUGAGGUUGAAGGGCGAGGCGCAGAAUCGCUUAUCUUGAUCACAUGAAUAGUUAUUUGGGAUGCAAGAUUUGUAUAUAUCAGUGAUUCCUUUUGCAGUACGACUGCAAUGAAUAACUCUGGGAUGAUACAGGAUCAGAUAUUUUUGUCAUCCCCCUUAGGAUUCAGGGUAAAUGUUUUCCUAGAUCUGUGGUUUGGGGCAACAUACAGCGCCUUCAGAAAGUAUUCACACCCCUUGACUUUUUCCACAUUUUGUUGUACACAAAAUUCUAACGUUUAUUUUAUUUUUUUUAAUGGUGAAAUAACACCUAUAUCUUGAUUAGAUACGUUGUCACCCCCCUGAGACAAUACAUUUUAGAAACACCUUUGGCAGUGCUUACAGCUGUGAGUCAUUCCACACCUGGAUUGUACAAUAUAUGCACAUUAUUC